AUGUCGGUUACACGAAAGAACCUUCUCGUUCCUGGUCUAAAAAUAUCUAAAGAACUGGCAGAUGACUGCCUACCCGGAGAAUUUCUUUUUGGUUCUAAUUUAACUCAGAAAUUAGACACAGCAAAAUCUCUUCUAAAUAAGGGCACAAAAAGGAGCUGUCUAUACAGACACCUCAAGAUCAUCAGGGUCUUUAAACUCUCGCCCCCCGACUCACCGAUUGGGGGCAGUGAGUCACGAGAGGGGCCCCUCAUCCAGAUUUCACAAAAACACCUAUUGGAACAAACCACAAGAGAAGAGGAGACGACAUUAGAAUUGGAUAUAAAUUACCAUUUGUUAAAACACCUAUUCAGCCACAAAUCCCAAAUAACGCUAAUCAUUCAUAUGAUGAAAACCAAUUAA